CCCUUUUUUUUUGUUUUUCUAAAAAUAAAAAUAAAAAUAAAGUAAAACAGAAAAAAAAAAGUAGUACUAAUGAACAUAGAUGCUUGCAUUGAAUCUAUUAAGCAAUGUAAAUAUUUAUCUGAAAAUGACAUGCGACAAUUAUGCAAUAAGCUGAAGGAAAUACUUUCAGAAGAAUCAACUGUAGUUCCUGUUCAUGCACCAGUUACUUUAUGUGGAGACAUUCAUGGACAAUUUUAUGAUUUAAUUAAAAUAUUUGAAGUAGGGGGUGAUUUGCCAAACACAUCUUAUAUUUUUAUGGGCGAUUUUGUGGAUCGUGGUCGGUAUUCAUUGGAGACACUGACAUUACUGUUAUUAUAUAAAGUCAAAUAUCCCGAUCGUAUUACGCUUACCAGAGGAAAUCAUGAGAGUCGCAACGUUACUCGAGUGUAUGGAUUUUAUGACGAGUGUUUGGCUAAAUAUCAAAAUACAAAAGUUUGGGAAUGGUGUUGUACGAUAUUUGACUAUUUACCUUUAGCAGCAGUAAUUGAUGGCUCAGUGUUUUGUGUACAUGGAGGAUUAUCGCCAGAAUUACCCUCAAUUGAUUCUAUUCGAACAUUAUUUCGUAUGCAAGAACUACCACAAAGUGGAGGACAUUGUGAUUUAUUAUGGUCUGAUCCAGAAACACAAGUAGAAUCAUGGGCAAUAAGCCCUAGAGGAGGUGGCUAUUUAUUUGGUUCAUUACCUACAACCUCAUUUUGUCACAAUAACGGGAUAAAUUUAAUUGUUAGAAGUCAUCAAUUAGUAGAUGAAGGCUUUAAUUAUCCAUUUGAAGAAAAGAAUUUAGUUACAUUAUGGUCAGCGCCUAAUUACUGUUAUCGAUGUGGAAAUAAAGCGGCUAUCUUAAAAAUACCAGAAGAAGAUAGACAAAUUUUAUCCUCUGAUUAUACAAUAUUUUUGGAAAAUGAGAUUCAAGGUGAUCAACAAUCUUCAAUUACUGGAGGUCCUGGCAGUCAAUAUUUUUUAUAAGCAUGUAUUAUUAUAAAAUAAUAAAUAACUAUUUAUUACAUCUUUCGUCAUAAAGUAAAAA